UUGUGGGCUUUUACAGGCUUUCAAAUUCAUCACUGUUCCUUCUCUAUUUUCCUUCCUCCAUUUUCUCCCUCUUCUUCAAAUUCAUUUCUAGGGUUUUGAAUUUCAUCCUUUACCUGUAGUGUAUCAUUAUCAUCAUCAAAAAAAAAUAAAAAAUAAAAAAAUACAGAGAAAAAUGACAACUUCUGCUGUGAAGAACAAUUUCUUGCCACCAGGAUUGGUAUCAAAUCUUCAAGAAGUUCUUCUUAAUAGAAAGGGUGGUGGUGCUCAGAACGAUAAAGAUCAACAACCCAACCCUAAAGAUGAUGACCCGACUUCUUCCGGGUCGGUUCCUGAUGCUGUUGACGAUGCUGAGAAUAUGAAGCCAGUUGUGUUGGUUACUAAUGCUGAUGGGAUUGAAUCUCCUGGUCUUACUUGUCUUGUCCAUGCUCUUGUCGGUCAGGGGCUUUGUAAUGUUAAUGUUUGCGCUCCCCAAUCAGAUAAAUCGGUGGCAGGCCACUCUUUUACUCUUAAAGAAACCAUUGCAGUUACUCCGACUGAAAUUCACGGUGCUACUGCUUAUGAAGUAUCUGGGACUCCCGUAGAUUGUGUGUCGUUAGCCUUGUCUGGGGCACUCUUUUCCUGGUCGAAGCCGGUCCUGGUAAUAAGUGGAAUCAACCGGGGUUCAAGUUGUGGCCAUCAAAUGUUUUACUCAGGUGUUGUAGCUGGUGCUCGGGAGGCAUUGUUUAACGGUGUUCCGUCCAUAUCGAUAUCACUUGACUGGAGGGAUGAUGCAAGUCAAGAAAGUGAUUUCAAGGACGCCGUGGGUAUUUGUUUACCAUUGAUAAAUGCUGCCAUCAGAGAUAUAGAAAAGGGAGCAUUUCCUAAAAGUUGCUUGUUGCAUAUUGGAGUUCCGAAAUCUCCUCUGACAAACAAGGGAUUCAAAUUGACCAAGCAAAGUCUCUGGAACUCUAAGCUUUGCUGGCAAGCUAAAUCAACCACCAGAAAUCUUGCUGCUGGACGUUUUCUUCCAAAUCAGCAAAGCCUUGGAAUGCAACUUGCACAGCUAGGUCGAGAUGCUUCUGCGGCAGGUGCUGCUCGCAAGUUAGCUACACAGAGAAAGAAUAUAGAGGUUGUUGAAUCUGUUGGUAUAGCAGGGAAAUCUGAUCCAGACAGGAAAGUCAAGUACUUCAGAUUGGAGUUGCUUGACAAGAAGCAGGAAGAGGAAGACGAGGAUUUAGAUUUUAGAGCUCUCGAAAAUGGAUUUGUGGCGGUCACUCCAGUGUCUCUUGUGAUGCAUGUGGAAACAGAUGUUCAUGCAGCUGCAUCGGAGUGGAUUUCUUCUGCACUAGAAGCGGAACAAUGAGAGAUGAAGCCAAUGUUCAGUAUUGUUUGUUGUACAUCUUUAGAUGACUUUGUUCUCAGGUCAUGUUGCAAAAUUUACGCGGGCCAUAUUUGUGAUGUCUCAAUUAUUUAUUUGUUGCUGUUUAUUUCAUUCAACCUUUUGAUUUUGUGUCCCGUGAAAGCUAAUGCUUCCUCUGUUGAUUAAAAAGGCCAGCAUGUUGUACAAGUGCCAUACUUUUUUGCUUGGUACCACAAAAUUGUGUUUUAGGUUGUUUUUUGUUGGGGGAAAUUGUGUUGUUAGGCAGGAUGGUCAAAUCCUUAUUUUCACCUUGUAAACUGGAAAUAGCGUCAGAUGAAAUAUAGCGGAAUGCCGUUGUCUGUUUAUAAUGCA